UUUCCUUCCUCCUUGCCAUCGAUAGAUGUCAAAAUUUCUGUCCAUACUUAUUCAAAAAACAUCUGGUCAUCAGCAGACGAAACAUCUAUUAGCAAUAAUGUCUAAAAGAAAUAGUUAUCGUAGAACACCAAAUUUUAAACCUGAGGUAAAAGUAGUCAAAAAUCGUUCAGGAUUUCCAGCGAGUACAGUCAAUCGUAAGGAGAAAGUUGAAGUUUUACCUGAACCUAUCAAAUCUGCGUCUGAUAAAAAGCUGUACAAAACAAUACGAUUAAAAAAUGGUCUAACAGCCCUACUAAUCUCUGACCCGAGUAGACCUGUUAGUAAUCGAGAACCACAAAGCUCUAGUGAAGAAGAAAGUAGUAGCGCAGAAGAAAGUUCAAAUCCAGAAAGUGAUGGUGGCCACUCAGUUCAGUCAGCUGCAAGUGAUCACCACGGUACACAUAGACGUAAUGAAUUUGAUGAAGAGAAACUGGUCCGCUUUCGUCGUAAUGUUAUAAGAUGCAUGAAGGACGCGUACGAAAGAUUUUCAUUGAGAAAGCUAUGCAAGAUAUUUUUUACCCAACUUUCACUUGACACGGCGGCUUGCGCUCUGUGCGUCGGUGUGGGCAGUUACAGUGACCCCCCGGACAUUCAGGGGCUGGCGCAUUUCGUCGAGCACAUGGUCUUCAUGGGCAGCCAGAAAUAUCCCAAGGAGAAUGAAUUCGAUUCCUUUAUAAAGAAAAAAGGCGGUUCUGACAACGCGUCGACUGACUGCGAGCUGACGACAUUCUACUUUGAGAUCCAGGAGAAGUAUUUACCUCAAGCUAUGGACAUGUUCAGUCAGUUCUUUGUCAGCCCGCUCAUGAUGAAAGAAGCCAUGCAAAGAGAACGCGAGGCUAUCGAGUCAGAAUUCGCAAUCGCGUCACCGUCUGACUCGAAUCGUAAGGACCAGUUGCUAGCGAGUCUGUUCCCCGAGGGUCAUCCAGCUCGCACGUUCACGUGGGGCAAUCUACGUAGUCUCAAGGAUGAGCUGAAUGAUGACGAGAAAUUACAUCAAGCUGCCCACGAGUUCAGGAAGCGGCAUUAUAGUGCGCACCGUAUGACUGUCGCGGUACAGGCUCGUAUGGAGCUAUCAGAGUUGGAACAGUACGUGGUGAAUACGUUCGGAGGUGUUGAGAACAACGCCUUGCCUCCCACAGACUUCUCCCCGCACACCUUCACCCCCGCAGCAGUCACAGAGAACUUCCGAAGCCUUUACUACGUGAAGCCUAUCAGUGAUACUACAGAGGUAACUUUGACUUGGUGUAUGCGAUCACUUAUAUCUGAAUAUGAAUCCAAACCACAUCAAUAUAUAUCAUAUUUAUUGGGACAUGAAGGAAAAGGCAGCUUACUAUCUUACUUAAGGAAAAAAGUAUGGGCGCUUGGUAUCUACACGGGUAACUCUGAGAGCGGCAUCGACUACACAUCUAUGUAUAGUUUGUUCUCCACACAAGUGGUGUUGACCAAAGAUGGACUUGAUCAUAUAGACGAAGUUUUGGAAGCAAUAUUUUCAUAUAUAAAUAUGCUUAGAGAAAUUGGUCCUUCGGAACGGAUUUAUAAUGAAAUUAAGACAAUAGAAGAAACAAGUUUCCGUUUCGAGGAGGAAUCCCAGCCUUCAGACUACGUGGAGUCGUUGGCGGAGAACAUGCACUUCUUCCCUCCGGAACAUUACAUCACUGGGGACAGGCUAUAUUAUAAAUACGAUCCUAAAGGUAUAACAGAAUUGUUGGAUUGUAUGCGAGCAGAUACUGUGAACAUAAUGAUAUUAUCCAAUAAGUACACGGCGCCUGUACAGUACAAUAUGACGGAGAAAUGGUUUGGUACUGAAUAUAAACGACAAGAAAUACCACAUAAAUGGUUAGAAAGAUGGCUAAAUGUAAAGCCGUAUAGUAAUUUCCAUUUACCAGCUGAUAAUAUAUAUUUGACAACAAACUUCGAUCUAAUAUCGCCUGCGCCCGCGUACCUUGAAGCAGCGAAUGAAAUCGGCGUAGACCUGAUGACAAGUUCCGUGAAGGAUGUACACAGAAAGGUGACAGCGGCGCCCAAGAUGAAGAAAGUGUUGAAACACGGCGAUUUGAUCGCUACUGUCAACAACUUUAGGUUAGAUCAACCGAAUCUACUACGUAAGAACAGACAUAUGGAGCUAUGGUACAAGCCUGACUUCAAGUUCCGUUUCCCAACAGCUUUAUUAUACUUCUACUUCAUCACUCCUCUCAGUCUGAAGACGCCAAGAGAAGCUUGUCUACUAGAUCUAUGGACGGAUGUAUUACAACAAGAUUUGAAGGAAGAAGUGUAUCCAGCCAACAUGGCGGACUUAUCCCACUCGCUUUAUGUAUCGGACAAGGGAUUGACAUUGAAAGUUAAUGGAUACAGUCAAAAUCUGCACUUGCUUGUGGAAUUAAUAACACGUGAGAUGCGGUCAUCGAGCAGCUCUCUAACGCCGGCCAUGUUUGAAGCGGUGCGCGAGGUGCGCGCGCGCAACUAUCACAAUGUUCUCAUCAAGCCGAACAAACUGUCCAAAGACCUUCGUAUGGAUGUAUUGCUGGAUCCAUACAUAUCUCCGCGCGACAAGGCGGCCGUCGUACACAACAUCACAAUAGAUGACCUACAAGAUUUUAGUCGCCGGUUGCUCAGCAAAAUGUACUUGCAAGUGUUAGUUCAAGGCAACAUGGCGUGGCACGCGGCCAUUAAAAUAUCGGAAAAUGCUCUAAAGAAUAUAGAGUGGGAUGCCCUCGCCGAGUCUGAAUUCCCAGAGCUCCGAGUACACCAGCUACCGCUGGGAGAGCGCAAGCUGCGCGUUCUGAGCCUCAACCCCGCGUCCACCAAUAGCAUCGUCACCAACUACUACCAGGCGGAGGUUACCACACCCAAGGAUACUGCUAUACUGGAACUGCUCAUGAUGCUGAUGGAGGAGCCGGUGUUCGACGCGCUGCGCACAAAGGAGCAGCUGGGGUACAGCGUGUUCAGCAUGAUGCGCUACACCUUCGGAGUGCUCGGCUUCUCCGUCACCGUCAACACGCAGGUCGACAAGUUCAGCGUGCAGCACGUAGACGGUCGCGUGGAGGCGUUCCUGCGCAAGUUCUCGCGCGAUAUGCGCCGGCUGAGUGAGCGCGCGCUCGCCGCCACACGCACCGCACUCGUCCAGCUCAAACACACCAUAGACUACGAACUCAAGGAGGAGGUGGAGAGAAACUGGAGAGAGAUCGUGAGCAUGGAAUAUAAAUUCCAAAGGCUAUUUUCUGAGGCUGAUGCGAUAGAGAAGAUAAGAGUGGGAGAUAUCAAGAGUUGGGUAGAAGAUCAUUUCCCCAGCGGCAAUAAGUCACAUUUCAGGAAACUAUCAGUACAGGUAAUGGGACAUGUGUCGAAGAAGGACAGCAACAUAACCGAAGUUGAGCUCAAGAAUUACGACCUGACGUAUCUAGAUGCCAACAAUCCGAUCGGAGAUUCAACAGAAAAUGCAACUGAUUUCAUCAAAGAUAUUAGAGAUUUUAAAAAGGAUUUGCCGUUUAUUGACGUGCCUCAAGUCCAGUUAGCUCAGUGCUAAUAUGAACUUUAACAUUAUUGUAAUAAAUCAUAUUUUUGUUUGACUUCAUCCAAAUCACUGAAUAUGACGUCAUAAUUAUGGAAAUAUAGAUUAAAAAUGACUGCAAAAAUAUAUUUGACUAUGGUUUGUAAAUUCUUAAUAUUAAUAAGAAUAUAAUUUAAAAUUAAAACAAUUUCCAUACAUUUAUUUAAUGUACAUGUAUAAAAUAUUACUGCCUCAUUGUUUUCUGUAAUUUUUUUUAUUAAAAUAGGUACUAAAAUAGAAAAAAAAUAUGGUCCAAAUGAUUGUUUUGUUUAUAAUGUAGUAAUAUUAAAUGUUUGUGUUCUUUUAUUUAUAUAAAUAAUACUCUUUUCAGAACAAAAUAAAUUGAAUUCAGGCGUUUUUACUCGAUUAUAUAUUUUAAUUACAUUUUGUUAUACUUUUAUUUAAUUUUAAAAUUUGUUGCAACUGUCAAAAUGACACAGAUUAUAAAUUGACGAAUAAAAACUCAUGUGUAUUUAAAUGCUUUGGGUUUUGUUAAAUUCGUGUUACAUAUUGUAAAUAUAAUAGGUAAAUGGACAUGAUGAAAAUAAAAUUAUAAAUCAAUAUCAUAUUUAUUUACA